UAUUUUCUGUUACCUCAGCAGGAGGAUCUUCGGGGCAGUUUUGUCAGCGAAAGGGGGCGUGGAUUACCCUAAAUCCUAAUGUAAUGCAGCUGUUAGGAUUGCCUGACUACCUUUUUUUUUUUUUAUCUUUCUUUGGAGCAGUUUUGCUUCAAAAUGAUAUGUUCUAGUCGCAGAAACAAUGCCACUAGACUAACAGGGACUCAAACCAACAUUGGUGCUGUCACUGCUCCUAUCCCGCAUUGACAGCUGGGCUACGCGAAGGCUCAUCGGUCGAAUGCUUUGUGUGAUGCGGGAAGCUGCUGAACGUUUUGUGGUGGUAUGAAAUCGACAUUGUGAUAAGGACUUUGUUAAUCUUUUAAUUCAAAACUGAGUUUGAAAUUCGACAAGGAGAGAUGAAGAAUCUACUCCCUGGGAUAGUCCUGACGUUUUGGAUAUUUUUAGAGUGCGUAGAGGCCAAGAAGUACUGCUGGUAUUUUGAAGGCGGAUACCCCAUCUACUUUAUUUGCCGCUCGUACGAGGACUGCUGCGGAACCCGCUGCUGCGUCCGAGCCCUCUCCAUCCAGCGGCUAUGGUACUUCUGGUUGAUGCUGAUGAUGGGGGUGCUGUUCUGCUGCGGAGCUGGCUGCUUCUUCCGCAGGCGCAUGUACCGCUCGCCCCUCAGCGACGAGCAUGCCUUCAACGUCUCCUUUACCAGGCAGCCCGUAUCCACGCCAGGACCCCAGCAGCCUGGCAUGGUGGGGUAUGGCGACCCCAACGGGGUCAUGACUUCCCCCCUCACCCCCGUCUACCCCAUCCAGCCCGGCCCGGCCCCUAUGAUGAGCGACUACUCUCCGCCGCCCUCGUACUGCAACCACCCACCCCCGCCCUAUGAACAGGUGUUCCGGACACCAGAGAAGAAGUAAGUCUCAGCGGCGUUCCCUCCGGUUCCUUCUACUUCGUUGUGACAUCACCAGCAGAACUGACAAGGACAGGAGGGGACAGCCACGGUGUGUCUGUCCGUCACGGUUAUACCUUCACAAUAUCAGCCCAAGCGCUCACCCAGGACCCAGGGGACAAGAAACGGACAACCACCUACAGGGACAAACUGUCCCUCCUGAGGACCCUGUGCUGGAUACAGACCGGCUCAAUUUGUCUCCAUGGUUUGGAUUUCACAAUCAUUCAUCCUUUCUAAUUUACACGAAAGCUGGCAAUGCCAUGGUCUGUGGCUGAUCUGUAGCGAGGCACUCGGACUCCUGUAAAUGAGUUCCUACUGAGAAAACGGAAGAAUUUCAAUGGAGAAUGCUUGACCCAAGAUCAGCACAUUGCUUUUAGAUUAACAAAUUCACGUUAGCAUUAUGGUAGAAAAAUCUGACCAAGGGCAUAAUUAUGGGAGAAAAAUCUGACCAAGGGCAUAAUUAUGGUAGAGAAAUCUGACCUAGGACCAGGGCAUAAGAAGAAACACAGUCUAAACUGUACACGAGUGACUGCAAAUUGGAGUUGAAAGCGACCUUGGGGAAGUUAAAACACAAGUUGUUUAAAUAGCUUAAAGGCUUUCCCAUUUAGAAGUAAUUGGGCGUGAAUUCCUAUUAGGAGACUGGUAAACAGUAAAAGUACUAAUUAGGCUUCUCCUGAAUCCUGUGUUCGCCUGACACUGAUGAAAUGUUAGACUAUAAACACUCCGGGCAGGACGCCUGAUCGCUGUGAAGGGGAGGGAAACAGACCUGGAUUUAUGGGACCUAUUAUGUGCGUUGGAGAGAGCGGUAAUUUGGAGAGGCCGAUUUUGUUUGAUUAAAUUAAAUUGUAUUUGUCACAUGCGCCGAAUACAAUAGGUGUAGACCUUACAGUGAAAUGCUUACUUA